AUGGCAGAUUUAGAUAAGUGCAUUGAACAGUUGCGAAGAGGAGAACACCUUUCGGAAGCUGAUGUAAAAAAGAUUUGCACCAUGGCUAAAGAAUACUUCUCUCAAGUGAAAAAUGUUAUCACAGUCGAGUCGCCAGUGACAGUAUGUGGUGAUAUUCACGGUCAAUUUUAUGAUUUGAUUGAGCUUUUUAAGAUUGGUGGCGAUUCACCGAACACAAAUUACUUAUUUCUUGGAGACUAUGUAGACAGAGGAUAUCAUAGCGUGGAAGUUGUUACACUUUUACUCUGUCUCAAGUUGCGAUACAAGAACCGUCUACACAUGUUAAGAGGAAACCACGAAAGUCGACAAAUUACACAAGUAUAUGGAUUCUAUGACGAGUGUGUGAGGAAAUACGGAAGCGAAUCUGUGUGGAAGAUGCUCACAGACGUGUUUGACUAUCUGCCAUUGGCAGCCGAAAUUGACAAACAGAUAUUUUGUGUACAUGGUGGUCUUUCUCCUUCCAUCGAUUCUCUUGACCACAUUCGAACACUAGACCGAGUUCAAGAAAUUCCACUCGAUGGUCCAAUGUGUGAUUUGAUGUGGUCUGAUCCUGAUGAACGAAGCAGUUGGGGAAUUUCACCUAGAGGUGCUGGUUACACAUUCGGCCAAGAUGUGAGUGAACAAUUUAAUCACAAUAACGAUUUAACAAUGGUUGCCCGUGCUCACCAAUUGGUUAUGGAAGGAUAUAACUGGUGCCAUGACGGUAACGUUGUCACCAUUUUCUCUGCUCCAAACUAUUGUUACAGAUGCGGCAAUAAGGCAGCAAUUAUGGAGGUUGAUGAUUUGUUGAACUGCAGUUUCCUUCAAUUCGACCCUGCUCCACGCUCGGAAAACAGCACAACUGGAAUGGGUCAGAAAAAGCUGACACCAGAAUACUUCUUGUAA